AUGCGUGUGAGGAUGAAGGCGUCAAGACAUGUCAUCUUCGCCGCCGCCUCGGUGGUCUCGGCGGAGCUCCAUGGCAGGCAAACUGGGACAAUCGGAGAUUCCUACGACUAUGUCAUUGUCGGCGGCGGCACUGCCGGAUUGACGCUUGCCUCCAGACUGUCGAGCGACCCAUCAACUUCUGGCUUCGCGCCGGGAACCCGGUACGACUGGAACCUGACUUCCGUCGCGCAGGAGUCGCUGCAAGGGCAAGUCGUCAAUCUCACACAGGGCCACGCCGUCGGCGGGAGCAGCACGGUCAAUGCCAUGAUAUUCGACCGCGGCAUGCCCUCGAACUACGAUGCGUGGGCCGCGCUGGGAAACGACGGCUGGGACUUUGGGAGUCUUCUGCCCUAUUUCAAAAAGAGCGAGAGGUUUACUCCAGCAUCGCCAGAAAACACAGCUCUGUUUGAUAUGACAUAUGAUCCGGACUGUCACGGUUUCGAGGGGCCGGUUCAGUCAAGCUACUUGGCUUGGUCGCAUCCAAAUAACAGUCUGCCCUACCCAGACCUUUCAAACUUUCUAAAUGCUAUGGAGGGCCUGGGCAUCAGCACCCCGGAUGAUCAGGGCUGCAAUCCGCUCGGCGCAUACCUCACAACCCACUCCAUCGAUCCACGCAACCAGUCCAGGUCAAGUGCAAGGACUGCUCACUACGAUUCUAUCUUGGGAAGAGCCAACUUGCACAUAGCUACGGGCCAACAGGCAACAAAGGUGUUGUUUGACACGAGCGGCGAAAAACCAAGAGCACAAGGGGUUGAGUUCUCAGCCGGUCCAGACUCCGUCGUACAAAGGGUGACAGCAGGCAAAGAAGUAAUCGUAUCCACGGGCGCCCUAAACACCCCGAAGCUCUUGCAACUGUCUGGUAUCGGCCCUGCGACGGUGAUAUCCCAGUUUGGGAUUGCGUCCAUCGUCGACCUACCCGGAGUCGGGGCCAAUCUCCAGGAUCACCCAUUUGGGCUCACGCUCGCCUCUCUGAGCGACGGAGUCCCCGGGAACUACGAACUGGACAAUGCAACUUUUGAUGCCGAACAGCGGGAUCUGUACUACUCCGAACGCAGAGGGCGCUGGACGGAUACCAUUGCCGAGGCUCUUGCUUUCAUCCCCCUUUUCAACUUUACUACCUUGGAGGCGGCCAACCGUCUCCUCUCUGCUAUUGACGGUACCUCGUUUCUCCCUCCAGGCACUGAUGAGACCGUAGUCGCUGGCUACGAGAAACAACUGGAGCAACUGCACAGGAUGCACCAGAGUAGGUCCACGGCCGGGAUGGAGCUCCUCUACGUUGACGGCGGCCGCUCGGUGGUGAACAUUUUGAUGCAUCCGUUGAGCAGAGGAACGGUACUCAUCAACUCAUCCGACCCCUUCCUACCGCCGCUGAUUGACCCGCGUUACUUCUCUCACCCCUACGACGGCCAAGUCCUGGUGGAGUCGCUGCGAUUCAACCGGGAACUCUUGGCCACAGCGCCUAUACAGGCGCUGGGGGCCGUGGAAACGCUUCCUGGGGCCGCAACGCAGAGCGACGAGGAGAUCCUGACUUUCAUCAAAGGAGUCACGUCGACGGAGUUUCAUUAUUCGGGGACCUGCGCCAUGCUGCCGAGGGCUCUCGGGGGCGUCGUCGGCUCCGAUCUCAAGGUCUACGGAGUUGACGGGUUGAGGGUCGUGGAUGCGAGUAUCAUGCCUCUCGUACCAUCGGCGCACACGCAGGCGACGGUGUAUGCCAUUGCUGAGAAGGCGGCGGACAUGAUUCUAGGACAACGAACGUGA